GACACUUCCAAGUACCAAGCCAACACAAAAAGCAUCCAAAAAUCACUGACGCAGUAGGAGUCAACAGUCGCGGCGCCCGGAUCCUCACCAGACGCACCCACUCGACCGUUAUCUCACCAUCAACCGUCAGCUCCAAACCGUCUCUUCUUAAACAGCACCCAUCACCCACCACCCACCAACUCUCUCACUUUCACAAACUGAAUAAUUGAAGCCAAGAAAAAUGGAAUUUCCCACUUCCUCAUCCCAUCCAUUUUCCUCGAAAAUAUCAGUAUUUUCCGGAAACAUACAUUUAUACGACUACUGAUCCACAUUUCAGAUUCCAAUCAUAUAGAAUAAGAUUUGCUUUCUCUUUGUUUCCCCUUUGUCUUUUUCAAAGGAAAUGUCUGCUUUAUCGUUUUUCCCGUCGGAGAUAAGAUUCCAUACGUUUGCUUUGUUUUAAUUAACUCGUGUUAUCCAAAACAAGAACUGCAAUUUCGUCUUUUUUUCUUGUUUGAGAUCCAUACAUGUUGGUUCGGUUCCUGUAAAUUGCCCUGUUUUGAAUCUAUGGCUUGGACUUGGAGGAAUAUCGGUUCGGUUUUCACUUUCUUGGACUUGAGGAGAAGAACUCAGCAUCUUCAGCAGCAGGGGAGAAUGAGGGAGGUUGAGCUAGGUGCACACACCAUCAAAACACAUGGCGCCACGGUUGCUUGGGAUCACAUGUAUGAUUGGUUGAUACUGCUGCUUCUUGUAGUGAUAGAAGUUAUUCUACUCAUCAUUCAUCCAUUCUACCGCUUCAUAGGAAAGGAUAUGAUGACAGACCUCAAGUAUCCCAUGAAAGACAACACCGUGCCAGUCUGGGCUGUACCUUUGUAUGCAGUUGUGCUACCAGUCUUUGUGUUUCUUUUCUUUUAUUUCCGAAGGAGAGAUGUCUAUGAUCUGCAUCACAGCAUCAUAGGACUCCUGUUUUCUGUGUUGAUUACCGCCGUCAUUACAGAUGCUGUUAAAGAUGCAGUGGGCCGUCCUAGGCCAGACUUCUUCUGGCGUUGCUUUCCUGAUGGAAAGGAAUUGUAUGAUCGAUUUGGUGGAGUAAUAUGUCAUGGUAAGGAUAGUGAUAUAAGGGAAGGACAUAAGAGUUUCCCAAGUGGCCAUACAUCAUGGUCAUUUGCAGGAUUAGGUUAUCUAUCACUCUACUUAUCUGGAAAAAUCAAAGCAUUUGAUCACAAAGGACAUGUUUCAAAACUCUGCAUCAUUGUUCUUCCUUUGCUGGCAGCAGCUCUUGUUGGUGUUUCUCGGGUUGAUGACUAUUGGCACCAUUGGGAGGACGUGUUUGCUGGUGCUCUACUUGGCCUUGUGGUGGCAGCAUUCUGCUAUCGGCAGUUCUUUCCAUCCCCAUAUGACAAUGAUGGAUGGAGUCCUUAUGAAUAUUUUGACGCAAUGACUGACCCACAAAACAAUAGAAAUGCCACCCAGUCUACAAACCAACAAAAUGUGCAGACGACAGACAUGUUGGUUCAAGUUGUGAAUCCAACAUCUGGACAAAACGGUGACACAUUUCCAUCACUGUCCUUGGAUUCUGAUCACAUCUCCAGAUUAGAAGAUGUAGAAUUAGGAAGAAAGUAACUUUUACUUCUGACUUUCAUGUGUUUUAAGCAUGUUAACAUGUGUAAAUAUGUAUAUUGUGCAUGUACCAAACUGCAAUUCAGGCUUAGCAGCUAGCAUUUUGUGUAGUGAAUGUAGCAGAAUGGUGUUCGAACCAAUAUUAAAAAACUGUUGUGUAUGUUUUCUUUUAUUGGUAGAUUACGCUUCAAAUUCACGCGUUUUUAAAGAUAUAUUUAAAAUAUAAAAGAAAUCUCAUAAUAACACCGGAAAGAGCCUUCCCUGUUUCUCUCUAUCUGCGGGAAACAAUUCAAAACGCGCUGUAUUUCUUUAUUCACUGAUUCUCUCCAUCUUUCUCUCUGAAUU